UGGAGUUUGCACUUUGUUUUUCUUCCUCCCCCUCUGUUCCCGAAACAGUCUCUGCACACUGCACUCACUCUGCACUCACUCACACAGAACCACAAGCACAACCAAGAAGAAGAAAGGAAAUGGCGCAUUCUCGCCAACCUAACAAGUCCGGCGUCACGCUUUCCGGCAAGAUCAACAGCAAUGGGAGCUUCUCCGGUACCAAGAGCCUAUACGACGACGUUUACGGAGGUCCACCGAGCUUCGGCGUUUCCAACCUCUCCCCUCGUUUCGAAGACUACGCCGAGAUUUUCGGAAGCUUCCACACCGCACGCGCCUCUUCCAUUCCCCUCCUCGAUCUUCCCGCCGUCCACGACGCCGAGGCCUUCUUCGAUCCCCGAACCCACGCUUUCAACUACACCGAGGUUUUCGGCGCCUUCGAUUUUGCGCUUCCGUACGACGACGUGUUCCACCGCCACAGUGCUCUCGACGGCGUCUCCUCCGAAGAAGUCUGGACUCCAGCAGAAACUGACUCAUUCUCUGGAGAGUCAGACCGUUCUGCAAAUAAUCAAAGUAUGUUGAAUGGAGAUCUUUUCCAUUCCGUUGACACUGAUAGGGGGUUCAACAAUUUAUAUCAUAAUAAGGUCAAUGGUAUAAGCAACGAGCAUAAGCCAAAGGGGAAAACUCGCAUGACUCAGCUGCAUGGUGUUCCUGGUUUCAGUCGAGUAAAUGAUGCAACCACACAAUUGCAUCAGACUGAUUCAUCCUUUCAGAUUGCUGAUGAUAUUGAUUCUGAUAUAGAGCUUGGCCCAGACAAAGUGAAGGGAAACCACCAGAGGAAAACAGUGGCACAUCCGCAUAAUUUUACCUCUGGGGAACAGACUUCUGCUAGUGAUCUAAAUGUUCAAAAUGGAAGCAGCAGAAAUGAUUCUCAUUCCAGUGAGAUGUUCAUAACUGUAUCUGACAUUAGCCUCAGAAGUAAGCCCUCUCAGGUGCCACCCCCUUCUCGUCCACCUCCUUUAUUGGAUGCAAAAAAGGGAGACAUCUGUGGAUUUCAUUCAAACAGCAGGCCGGUUGCUUCUGAAGAGACACCGGGUGCUGGUUCACCACCUUUCUUUGAUGUGGAUGAUCAUAUGAAUUCAUCUGCUACAGCUUCUGCUGAUUCUAUGAGAGAAGCAAUGCUUAGAACGGAAGCAAAAUUUAGGAGUGCCAAAGAAUUAAAAGAGAGGCAGAAAGGGGAUUGUGAAAGCCAUUUAAAAUCAAGUUAUGAUGUAAAAACUGAAGAAGCAAAGAUGUGUAAGGAUAUCACUAGAUUAAGUAGUAUAAAUGAUGAGACAAUGCAGGGAAGUUAUGAUAGGAGACAUUCCAAAACGAAAUUCUCUGUCAUUGAUGACAGGCAGAAACUUAAUAAGGCUUCUGCAGAAACUCUGGACAAUUUAGAAGGGAAAAGAGUUUUAAACAUGUUUGAGGAAAAGGACAAGAUGGAAUCCAGGUCAUCUCAAGAGUCCGAUAGCAGUAUGGGAGUUGGGACAUGGAAAGAUGAAUCUGAAUUUUUUGAAUUGGUGGGAAUGGAAGAAUCUGGAAUGGUAAUUCAACCCACAAAGCAGAGUAAGAAUUUGGUGCAAGGUACUGGAACCCAUAAACAUGGGCAGCAAGAAAGAGAAGCGUCUAAUGUGCAAGAAAAACAUAAACAAGUAAAACCAGCUGAAGAUAAUUAUCAGGGGGAGGAGUAUGAGGAAAAAUAUAUAGCAGCAAAAGAGGCUUGUGAACAUGAUGAAAACAUUAUGAAAUCUGAAGCAUCUAAUGGGGAAUGGAGGCAAAAAGAGCAGAUGAAAAAAGUAAAAAUGGUCAAAGUAUUUGAGGUGGAAGAGAAUGAGAAGAGUAUAAAAAUAGCCCACCACCAUGGAAUAACUGAAAAGAAAGAAACUGAAGCUGACCAAUCUGGAAUCAUAGAAGAUGCGUGUGAAAGAAGACAUGGAGAUAAUAAACACGUGGAAACCCAGAAACCCAAAGAGGUUGAUAGAAAAACACCAAAUGAAGUUGAUCUAGUCAUGGGGCUUAGGGAAAAUGAGAAGAUACUAAAAGAGGUUGAAAAGCAACAGCAGAGUGUGAAAAGGCACAAGCAAUCUGAGAAAAUCGAAGAAAAUGGAAAAACACAAAGAGAAGCUUUUGGUCUAGGACAAACCGAGCAUGAUGAAAAACUGGAAGGUUCUGUGGAGCAGGAAAAUAUUGAUGAAAGAUCAAAUGCAGCUUUUGAACCAAAUUACAUAGAGAAAAAAGAGGCCUGCAAAAGGGAAAAUGAAACAAGAUUAAAACUAGGUAAACAGAUUCAGAUCAACGAGGAACUAAAAGAAGCUCACGAAAGAGUAGAAGUUGAGAAAAGCCUCAAAAGCCUUUAUGAAAAUGAAGAAAAUGAUGAGGGCCUAAUACCUGCUUUCGGGUGGGAUGAGGAUGGAAAGCAACUUAAAGAAGACUUUGAACUGGAAGUAAAUGAAAUAAGACUGAAAGAGGCUUUUGAGCAAAGAGAAAAUGAGGCAUAUGAAAGAGAUCAAGAAGCAGGUGUCAACAAAGGGAUUCAAAAUGUCAUUGGGAGCACUUCAAAUGAAACACUUGCCAUGGGAGGAAGUGGAACUGUAUCAAAUGGGAAUAGUCACAUGGAGCAAUAUGAGAAUAUGGACAAAGAUGUAGGUGGAAGGGAUAAAGAUACGGGACUGAAAAAAGCUUUGGAUGACAUGGGGAGAAAUGAAGGAGGAAACAUGACGAAUGUUAAAGCAACUGAUGAGAUAGAGAGUGAUGAAGAUCUAGCAACUCAAUCAGCCUCCAUUCAUGAAGAAAUUAUUGGAAAACUGAAGGUAUAUAAAGAAACUGUUGCUGACCAAGAUAUUGGAAAGUUGAGAACCGAAUGCAAAGUUGGAGAAAAGGAAUUGAAAGAGACAGGGAUGGAAAAUCAACUGGAUAAUGAAAAAAUCAGGGCACCUGAAAUGACUGCAGGAGAUGCAGCGCGUUCGGGAACCCAGUCAGAAAAGGUGGGUGACAGAGUGACAAAGGCUGAUUACAGAAGCACAGAAGCAGCUGAACGUGCUACAGUACAGGAGACCGUAAAUGUCCAGAAGACUGCUCAGUGGUUUAAUGUUGGUCAAGUCACAGAAAGCAAAGCAAAGACUAUUAAUGAAACUCCUGCUAUACUGAAAGAUGCUAAAAGGAUGAGAAAAGAAAGAGAGUCAGAAAAGGAUCAUCUUAGAAAGAUAGAAGAGGAAAGGGAUAGAGAGAAAGAACAAGAAAGGGACAGAAAAUAUGUUGAGAAAGUAAUGCUGGAGGCUGAGAGAGAAAGGGAAAGAGAAAAGGAUAGGAUGGCUGUUGAUAGAGCAACCUUUGAGGCUCGCAAUAGGGCAUAUGCUGAAGCUUGUGAAAGGGAUGCAUUUGAAAGAGCAACUGUGGAAGCACGGUACAAAGCACUGGCCGAGGCCAGGGAAAGACUUGAGAAGGCAUGUGCUGAGGCCAGGGAUAAGUCACACAUAGAUAAAGAAACUACAGAGGCAAGACUGAAAGCAGAACGUGCUGCUGUAGAAAGAGCAACUGCAGAGGCUCAAGACCGAGCCAUGGAAAAAUUAAAGAUUGAGAGGACCGUGUUUGAGUCCAGAGAACGGUUAGAGAGAUCUGUAUCUGACAAUUUUUGCGGAAGACAAGACUCUUCAUCCCCCGAUAUGCUGGAUCAACAGUUUCAGAACUUUGGCUCUUCCACUGGUUCCAGACAUCCAUAUUCACUUUAUGGUGCUGCCUCUUUUUCUGAGAGAUCAGAAAGAGAAGGUGAAUCAGUUCAGAGGUGUAGAGCUAGACUGGAGCGGCAUCGCCGAACUGCUGAGCGUGCAGCAAAAGCUUUGGCAGAAAAGAACAUGCGUGACCUUCUAGCUCAGAAGGAGCAAGCUGAGAGAAAUAGACUAUCAGAGACCCUGGAUGCCGAAGUAAAGAGGUGGUCUGGUGGAAAAGAAGGAAACUUGCGUGCCUUACUUUCUACCUUGCAGUAUAUCCUUGGGCCUGAUUCUGGGUGGCAACCAAUCCCAUUGACAGAGGUCAUUACUGCUGCUGCUGUGAAAAAAGCUUACAGGAAGGCCACCCUGUGUGUUCAUCCUGACAAAUUACAGCAACGUGGAGCAAGUAUUCAACACAAAUACAUAUGUGAAAAGGUUUUUGAUCUUUUGAAGGAAGCUUGGAACAAAUUCAACUCAGAGGAGCGGUAACAUGGCUGGCAGCCAAGCUCUGUGUUUUUAUCCCUCCUUGUCUCUUGCAACAAGUUACAAGUGUGUAUAGAAGCUUCACAUUGGCCGGGUAAUUCCUUUCCCAAGGCACGCACAGUCCCAACUUCCGAAACCACAGUAAUUAUUUUGUCAGUCUAUUUUCUGUUGUAAUAGUCUCAUAAGUAUUUGUAUGUAUGAAGGAAAUUUCUUCCCAUACUCUAGCAAGAAAUUAAGAAAUUCAAAAGUAAAUAGAUGUAUAAAGCAUGUGAGGCUAAGACCGGCUUUCUAUGAGCAAAAUUGUGAAUUUUUGUUAUAAUAACUUUUUAAUCAAUUUUAAGAAUAGAAGGGUCAA